AUGAACCAAAGCAACUUGUUUUCAGCACCAAUGGAGUUGUGGACAAGUGCAAGAAGACCUAAGGUGAUUGAUGUCAGAGUAGUACUUGGUGUUUUGGUACUGCUAUGUACAACUGGUGUUGAGAGCAGAAAAUCUGUGAAGUGGGACUGUUUUGAGUAUGCAGCUAUAAGUUGCAGGGCUCAUAGCGCAUCGAUUUCAGAUUUCGGAGGAGUAGGAGAUGGUACAACUGCAAACACAAAGGCUUUCCAAGCUGCAAUUGAUCAUUUGAGCCUGUUCUCGUCAGAAGGUGGAUCCUUACUCUAUGUUCCUCCAGGAAGAUGGCUGACUGGAAGUUUUAAUCUUACUAGCUAUUUCACUCUUUAUCUUGACAAAGAUGCUGUUCUUCUUGGUUCUCAGGAUGAGAGUGAAUAUCCACUGAUUGAGCCCCUACCGUCCUAUGGUAGAGGAAGAGAUGCAGAUGGUGCAAGGUAUAGCAGUCUCGUUUUUGGAAACAACCUCACAGAUGUUGUAAUAACAGGUGCCAAUGGCACCAUUGAUGGUCAGGGUGAACUCUGGUGGACAAAAUUUCGUGCCGGAGAGCUGAAUUACACCAGGCCUUACCUCAUAGAAAUCAUGUUCUCUACUGAAAUUCAAAUAUCUAAUAUUACAUUGAUCAAUUCCCCAUCAUGGAAUGUUCAUCCUGUCUAUUGCAGCAAUGUUGUAGUUCAAGGCUUGACAAUUCUUGCACCAGUGAGGUCCCCGAAUACUGAUGGGAUCAACCCAGAUUCUUGCAUAAACACCAGAAUUCAGGACUGCUACAUAGUCUCUGGAGAUGAUUGUGUGGCUGUCAAGAGUGGUUGGGAUGAGUAUGGUAUUGCUUUCGGGAUGCCUACAAAGCAGCUCGUAAUCAGAAGGUUGACAUGCGUUUCACCAACCAGUGCAGUAAUUGCACUGGGGAGUGAGAUGUCUGGUGGGAUUGAGGAUGUUAGGGCAGAAGACAUCACAGCUAUUGAUUCAGAGUCAGGUGUUAGGAUCAAAACUGCAGUAGGAAGAGGAGGUUAUGUUAAAGACAUAUAUGUAAGAAGGAUGACAUUGAAAACAAUGAAAUGGGUAUUUUGGAUGACAGGAAAUUAUGGUUCUCAUCCUGACAACAACUAUGACCCCAAAGCAAUUCCUGUGAUUCAGAAUAUCAACUACCGUGACGUGGUUGCCGAAAAUGUGACCAUGGCAGCUAGAUUAGAGGGCAUUGCUGGUGAUCCCUUUACUGGAAUCUGCAUAUCUAAUGUGACCAUUGGACUCGCACAAAAUCGAAAGAAACUUCAGUGGAACUGCACUGAUAUUGCAGGAAUUACAAGUGAAGUGACUCCACAGCCCUGCGAUCUGUUACCAGACCAGGGAUCAGGAAAGAUUGGAGCAUGUAAUUUUCCAGAAGAUGACAUGCCAAUUGAGAAUACGGAGGUUCAGACGUGCUCCUUCAUUAGGAAGCAUUGGUAA